AUGUCCAGAUAUGCAUUGUUUGGGAGGCUGUGGCUGAGAAGCGGCCCUCCAUUGGAAUGGAUGUUGAUAAGAAGGCGUAGUCUAGCCCAGAGAAAACUGUCGACUGGGACGACAGCAAAUCCAACAUCGAAGCGGCCGAAGGAGCGUCUACAAGUCUGGCCAUGGUUGGUUGCUCCUGUCCUCGGAAGCAUCUUGCUCUUGUCAGUCCACAAGCGCCCUAUCCAACUCGAAACAGACGCAUCCCUUCAACGAGUCUACCCAACCGGCGAGGAAUCUCAAGGCAAUAUGCUUAAUCUACCCAGAGAGGACGCCAUUCUGACCACUGCUCCUAACGUCCCUCCUCCCAUCACCCGGACACACCCAGUUCUUCUCCACGUCCCACUGACGACGAGCACCAAAACACGACAACUCACCAGUCAAUACAAGUACGACACAUGGACCUUCAACGACAGCGUCCCCGGGCCGUUCAUCCGGGCGCGCGUAGGCGACGUAAUUGAGCUAAGCCUAACCAACCACGACCGCACCGGCAACCCGCACAACAUCGACUGCCACGCCUUCACCGGCCCCGGCGGCGGCGCAGCCGUCACCACCGCCGAGGAAGACGAAACUAAAACCGCGCGCUUCAAGCUUCUCUACCCGGGCCUGUUUGUCUACCACUGCGCCGCCGCCCCGGUCCCCGUGCACAUCGCCAACGGCAUGUACGGGCUGAUCUACGUUCAGCCCGAAGACGGCGAUCUCCCUGCGGUGGACAGGGAAUACUACGUCAUACAGAGCGAGUUCUACCAUGAACCGCCGGAGAUCGAGGACGACGGCCGGCCCUCGUCUACAGUCGAGUUCUCGUACCCUGCGGCGCUGCGCGAGGAGCCCUCCGCGGUAGUCUUCAAUGGAAGCGAGUCGGCGCUAACGCGGGAUCGACCGCUCAAGGCGAGGACGGGGGAGUCGGUGCGGAUUUUCUUUGGGAACGCCGGGCCCAAUCUUACAAGUUCGUUCCAUGUCAUCGGGAGCCAUUUCCACGAGGUCUUUCGGGAUGGAGGGGUGGUGGAUCCCCCGGCUAGGUUGUUGUCGACGGUGAGUGUGCCACCGGGCGGUGCGGCGAUUGUCGAUCUGAAGAUGAUCGUCCCUGGGACGUAUACGCUUGUCGACCAUGCGAUAUUCCGGAUGGAUAAGGGGGCGGUUGGGUAUUUGAAUGUGGCAGGUGCGCCACGUCCGGACAUCCUUUAUAGUGAGCUGCCGCCGGAGCCUUGUCCGGGGUGUAAGCUGCAUCCGUAG